AUUGGCGUAGAAAGUUUUAGCUGGAGCAGACCCUCCGGUUUAUUAAGAGACUACAGUAAGAGAGAGCUAUUCACUCUUCUGUGAUCUCAAGGACCCGGUAAUCUCAUCGUCAGUCACAUCCGGAGCACGCAUGGCUUCACGAAGGCAGAAGGACAGCUCAGACGGCUACCAGCCGCUCUUCAAAUCAUUCGCUACAGAUGCGAUCCACGUCGGUUCAGAGCCGGAGCAGUGGAACUCUAGGGCCGUAGUGCCUCCUAUUUCACUCUCCACUACCUUUAAACAACACGAACCGGGGAAACACGCGGGUUUUAACUACAGCAGGUGUGGAAAUCCCACAAGAAGCUGUCUGGAGAGAGCGGUUGCUGCUUUGGACGGUGCACAACACUGUUUCGCUGUUGCCUCUGGAACGGCUGCCAUUUUGACCAUCGCGCAUCUUCUUAAGGCUGGAGAUGAAAUUCUGUGCAUGAAUGAUGUUUAUGGAGGAACAAAUGAGUAUUUCUCAAAAAUAGCUGUGGAAUUUGGCCUUGGUGUCUCUUUUGCUGAUCUCACAAAACUAGAGGAGAUAAAAGCAGCUCUGAAACCAAAUACAAAGAUGUUAUGGAUUGAAACACCCACAAACCCUACAUUGAAGGUGGUGGACAUCAAGGCCUGUUCUGAUAUUGUCCAUACGCACAACAAGGAUAUAAUUGUUGUUGUGGACAACACUUUCAUGUCGCCCUAUUUUCAGCGCCCCCUUGCACUUGGAGCAGAUGUCUGCAUGUACUCUGCAACAAAGUACAUGAAUGGACACAGUGAUGUUGUGAUGGGACUGAUUUCUCUCAACCGUGAUGAUCUCAAUGAACGACUGAAGUUUUUGCUGAGUGCUCUUGGGACUGUACCUUCUCCAUUUGACUGUUAUAUGUGCCACCGGGGUCUGAAGACGCUCCACGUGAGAAUGAAGCAGCACUUCAGGAACGCAAUGGCUGCGGCACAGUUUCUGGAGGCCGACCCAAGAGUGGACAGAGUCAUCUUCCCAGGUCUUCCAUCUCACCCUCAGCACGAGCUGACAAGGAGACAGUGCUCAGGCUGUCCUGGGAUGAUCUCUUUCUACAUCAAAGGAAAACUGGAGCAUGCCUCAACCUUCCUCAGCAGUCUGAAGUUGAUUACGCUUGCUGAUAGUCUCGGUGGUGUUGAGAGUCUAGCAGAGCACCCAGCAAGUAUGACUCAUGUUACCGUGCCUGAAAAUGAGAGGAAAGAACUGGGCAUCAGUGAUACGCUCAUUCGUUUGUCUGUGGGCCUGGAGGAUGAGGAAGAUAUUAUUGCAGACCUGGACCAAGCUCUCCGUGCUACGGAAGGUCCCAUUGAGCAAUAGAGUCUCUUCUUCCAGGCAGUCCUGGUCAAGAUCAAAGAUUUAGGAUUUCUGCAGUAGAUGGAAUUUAUUCUAAGGAAAUCAUGGCUUCCGUAUUAUUCUAUAACCAAGGUGCAUAAAAAACAAAACACUUUUAACAUGCUCUGAAUAAACCAUAGGAACUCAAACGAAUAAUAGUAGUUGAUCUAGUAAAUAUGUAAUUUUUAUAGUAAUAUGAUAUGUCUCCGGUAGAAAGAAGUGAAUGAAGUAGGAGGUUUGCCUCGCAGUGCCUUUGCAACAAUUAAUAAAAUAUAAUUUUUCUUUUUUUGAUAUAAGCACCAAUAGAGUCAUACAAGACACAAUUAUGACUACGAACUAGCAUUUGUUCCAAAAGCAAUACACGAUUCAACUUUUUUUUGGUAAGGAUGAAUUUGUGUUCAUGUAUAACACAAGCUUAAUCAAAUACUGACAAAUAAGGUUUUGUACGAUUCUCUCUCCGGCUUCAUAUGGGAGGAAAGCUGACUAAUGUGUACAUUAAAAAGCCAACUUUGAGGAAAAUAAGACGCUAUACUGGGUUGGUGAACUUUGGCCCUGAAGAGCUGCGGCCCUGCAGAGUUUUGCUUCAACCUUAAUCAAAUACACCUGAACAAACUAAUCAAGGUCUGAAGUGUUCCUACAAAGCUACUGGCAGCUGAGCUCUCCAGGACUACAGUUCACCUCCUCUGCUUUAUACACAAUCCUGGAGGCCCUCCCAACGCUGCAUGUUUUCCAUGUCUUAAUCAAGCACACCUAAUUCAGAUCAGCUCAUCAUCCCAGAAUACAUUAGGUUCUGUCAGUGAAACAAUUCAAAGCCAUCUAGAUUUAAGCCUCUGUAAUAGCAGUUUAUAAGGCCACACUGUGUAGUCAUUUACAAAAUAAGUAGUUUCCACAGUUUCACAAUUUUAAUUGAUUAAAUUAAUAUAACAAUGUCACCUAUUUCUUAAUGUUCUAUAUGUAUGUAUUUUUUUUUGUCUAAUAAAGGCUGAAUUUGAUUAAUUAAA